UUACUGAACCCCUUUGUUUCCUCUUCCCACAGCUCGGGGUCAGCGCAGAGCGGAGAGGGACUCGGCGGCCUAGUCUCGGGCCAUGGAGGCCCCUACAGACAUUAUUCCGGACCUGCAGUCAUGCGCAAAAAGGACUCCGGGGGUGGGGGCUCUAGUCGGGGUCCUUCUUCGCCCUCCUCCAGCGCCGAUGCGUGCAGAGAGCUGGCCCCUCUGUCCACACUGAGAGACCCCCGGGAGGCGAGCCCCACUCCCGCCGCUCAGGGGGUUCCCACCACGCCCUCUUCUGCCACCUCAGCCCCGCCCUCCGGCUCGUGUCUGCGCUCGCGCGGAGAUCAAAAACGGCUGGAGGUCAAGAUUGCAAGCCACGCCCCCUCGGCUCCCACGCCGUCCUCCACUGCGGGCUCGCUCAUCAGCAUGGGCGGCGCGGGGGCACCUGUCGAUCAUCCCCACCAUCACCACCAAGGGGGCGGUCCUCCUCCUGGCCAAGCCCCGCCCCUGCCACUCCCCGCUCAAGGCCGCUACUACCCCAAUCCAGAUCCACAACCCCCGGACGCCUACGCCAUCGCACGCUCGCGACAGCGCAGUAGGCGUGUCAUUCUGAAUGUGGGCGGGGUGAAACACGAGGUUCUGUGGAGGACGUUAGAGCGCAUGCCCCACACCAGGCUGGGGAAGCUUCGAGACUGCACGUGCCACGAGGCCCUCAUGGAGCUGUGCGACGAUUACAACCUUGGAGAGAACGAGUUUUUCUUCGACCGGCAUCCUCGCUCUUUCUCCUCCAUCCUCAACUUCUACCGGACAGGGCGACUUCAUCUGGUCGAAGAGAUGUGCGUUCUCAGCUUUUCUGAGGAUCUGGAGUAUUGGGGCGUGGACGAGUUAUAUCUGGAGUCGUGCUGCCAGCAUCGAUAUCACCAGAAAAAGGAACAUGUUUACGAGGAGAUCCGUAAAGAGGCAGAAUCAAUCCGUCAGAGAGACGAAGACGACUUCGGCACCGGAGUAUGCUCGCACUGGAGACAGAAGGUUUGGGAUCUCCUGGAGAAACCAACGACUUCUAUGGCAGCCAGGGUAGUGGCCAUCAUCUCUAUCCUGUUCAUCGUGCUGUCCACCAUAGCGCUGACCCUCAACACUAUCCCGGCCCUCCAGGACCGCGCUGACCCCUCCCUGAACCAGGACAACGAAGACCUCGCCGUGGUGGAAGCCGUGUGCAUAGGCUGGUUCACUCUAGAGUACCUCGCUCGCUUCUGGGCCUCCCCCAACAAGUGGAAGUUUUUCAAAGGCCCGCUCAAUGUGAUAGACUUGCUAGCCAUCAUGCCCUAUUUUAUUUCUUUGGGUCUCACGGAGACGAACAAGAGCACUACUGAACAGUUUCAGAACGUGCGUCGCGUGGUGCAGAUUUUUAGGAUCAUGAGAAUUUUACGUAUUCUGAAGCUCGCCCGCCACUCAACGGGGCUACAGUCUUUAGGGUACACAUUGCAGCGAUCGUAUAAAGAACUGGGUAUGUUGUUGAUGUUCCUAGCUAUAUUCAUCUUGUUAUUCUCCUCGUUGGCGUAUUUCGCGGAAAAAGACGAACCGGAAACGAAGUACAAAAGCAUCCCUGAGACCUUUUGGUGGGCAGCCAUCACCAUGACGACCGUCGGGUACGGAGACAUCUACCCGAAGACCGUCCUGGGUAAAGUUGUGGGCAGUGUGUGCUGUAUCUGUGGCGUAUUGGUCAUUGCUCUCCCCAUUCCCAUCAUCGUCAACAAUUUCGCCGAGUUCUACAAGGAUCAGAUGCGGCGCGAGAAGGCUUUCAAGCGGCGCGAAGCCUUAGAGAAGGCCAAGCGCACGGGCAGUAUCGUGUCGUUCCACUCCAUCAAUCUACGAGACGCCUUCGCCCGAAGCGUCGAUCUCAUGGAGGUGAACUCGCCCUCCCACAAGGCGCAUGCGCAGUCGGGCAGCGUCGGAGGCGGGAGCGUGUGUGGUGGAGUGGGCGGUAUCGGAGUUGGAGGAGGUGGUGGGGGCGGGCCAGGGGGCGGAGACUCGUGCAGUAUUGACAGUAAACACAGCCACGCCGCCGUGCUGUGCGGCAGUCAGGCACUGCUCGCCGCGCACGAUCCCAACAACCCGCACGCUCUGCAGCAUCAGCAGCAGCAGCAGCACCACCAGCCCCUCCAUCACCACCACCACCACCACCACCACCACCAUCCGCACCUCCGCGGGACGUCGGCGGACGAGGAGGCGGGGCUUCUGACUCCGGGCGUGGUCUCCGGCAGCUGUGAGAACCUGGUGGCCAACUGCAGCACGAACAACCUGUUGGACGCUGACGAGGAGUCGCUCAAGAGGAUGACGUCAUCACAACCGCUGCUCAACUCUCAAACUCAGGGAAGAAUGGACGUCGGUCGGCCAGAGCGUCUUUCACCGGACAAGAGCUGUAUCGAGAUGCAGCAACUCCCGCGCCAAAGCAGCAACGCCAGCAGCAGCGACACCUACAGCAGCUGUAUGACUCACCCGCACGGGUCGCCGCGGAGCUCCGGCGGCCACAGCUCGGGCGAUCGACACAAACAAAACUUGUACGUGAAUCCUCUGGACGACCCGGCCAGCGUGGAAGAGCAAGACGUGGUGCAGUCCCCUGGCGGAACCUUGUACGACACCGUCUACAAAGAGUCUUCGUCCUCCUCGACGUCUUCUUCUGCGCAGCCUCCGCAUCCUCAUCUUCCACAGCCCCAGCACCUCUUCCAUCAUCACCACCAUCAUCCACACCACCAGCAACAGGCCAACAGGCGCCACCCGCCUCUCAUCUACCAGCACCAGCAGCAACAGCAACGACAACACACUGGCGGAGGCGCAGGCGGAGGCGGAGGCGGCAGCGGCAGCGGGGGCGGUGGUGGCAACGCCAACAACAGCUUUAACAAUCAGCAGGAGACUCGCUUCAACGGGAGUAGUGGCGGGUCCGCGGACAGCCCCGUCGCUGGGAGCCCCGUCGCCAACAAUGCCAACACUAGCAACAACCCGACGACAGCCGGCUCAGCCAACCAGAUCGUUCAAAAGCUGGACGACGGUUUCACCGCCACCUGGGAGCGAGGAGUCCAGCCGCCAUCUUCCUCCUCGUCGCCCUUCCCCAUAGCUCAGCUUCCUUUCCACGCCGUGACGUCCUCCCCGGGAAAUAUCUGCGCCAUGAACCCGCAACAACAACAACAGCAACAACAACAACAACAACAGCCACCCUCCUCCACCAGCCCAGAAGCUCACUCACCAUCUGACUCCAUGAGUCUCUUACAAACUGACGACAGUUCCUUGACCCGGAAGUCGAGUUUCAAACGAUACAAGUCGUUGUCCGUGGAAAAACAUCCACGAAUCUCCAGCGUAAAGGACCGGAACUUUUCUUCCACAGACAGUCUGCAUAUCAACUCGAGCGGCCGGCCAAGACUCAAAUUCCGGAAGGCCGUCUCCCUCGCCAGCAGGCUACAGUCAAGUCCCUCCACGGGGCGGAAACUAGCCAACUAUCACCUCAUCUCCAACUCCAAACCAGCAUUGGACUCUGGCGUUUCGGACAUCAGCUCAAUCCAAGCUGAGGAAAAGUUGUCGAUUUUGCAAAGAUCCAGCCCCGCUCUCCUGGAGCCUUCUCCUGCCCACAACCUCAAAUCCAUAAACUUGAUAGAUUUGGGCGACGUGCGCAACCGGAACAAGACGGCUCAGUUUCUCCUCUCCUCCCCCAUCUCCACGGCCUCCGACUCUUCCUACUCCCUGGGUCCUCUGUCUGCCGGGCAGCGGCGCGCCCACUGGAGGUACUUCAACGCCAACAGCCACCCUCAGUCCAACUGCGACAACAACCUGUCCCAGGUAGACACAGGCAUCAGGAGUCCGCUGUACCGCCAUUCUUCGUACCCGCUGUCGGGCCAGCAGCUCAUGACAUGCGUGAACAUCGACUCCCCCGACGACAACGACGAGAACCUCAGCCCCCCGCCUUCCUCCAUCUCGCCCCCGACUUCUUGCCCUAACAACAACCUCAAUAAUAACAAUAACAACACCCACCGAAGCGGCGGUAAUGGUGGGAGUGGGGGUGGUGGUGGUGGCGGCGAUGGUGGUGGUGGUGGUGGUGGUGGAAAUGUUCGCGGCAACUCCUCCUCGAAACGACAACAAAGACAUUUCAGCCCAGGUCACAUCGUGCACUCAGAGGGUGAAGAGGAGGAUGAAGAUGAGGACGAUGACGUGGAAGAUGAUGAGCUGGAAGAAGAGGACAACGUGAGGAACCACAUGACCUGGCCCACCAGCAAAGUGGACACGGAACUGCCCCCGGCCCAAUCGGUUCUCAGUCCAACCAGCAUGGACGGAGAGGCCCCCAGCGCAAGAGGCUCCAUCUCUGGUCUUUCGUCGACGCCAUCUUCCAGCUCCCUCUCAGACCCACACCUCCUGAAGUCCUCCCCAUCCUCCGACCUUGUUCCCAAACGCCAAGGCUCGCAAGUCAGCGAAGACCCCACCUCGCAGUCGCAAAGCCUGUACGAGACGGCAGAGUCACUCCCAGAUGACAGUGACGGCGGCCUGGACCCUUUCUCCGCCCACAGCGUCAUGGACCUCGGCACCGGCUCGGCCCCGUCUCACAACUCCGCCAACAGUAGAAGUAACCAUGGAGACGGCUUCCUGGCGGGAGGUCCCGAACAGCCACCUCAACAACAGCAAGUGCAACAACAACAACAGCCUCAGUCGCCGCUGCAACAGCACCCCUCGCCAACGCAGAGCGUCCCCUCCCCCACUGAUCCAUACAGCAAGGUGGAGAAUAACUCGCAGCAUCACAGCUUGCCGCCAGGGGGAACUAGUGGGUAGCGACUGUUGUUACUGACAACGCCACCUCCGCACUUUAUAUGCAACUGCGCAUUGAUCGUGUGCUCGGCGACCACCCCGCGCGGUGAUGAGCUCGUCACGUCUGCUGUUGCUGAUGACGACACUGCUACCACAGACCGAGUGGGUAACUGAGGAGAGACCUUAUCUCAACUCACGUGAAAACGGGGAUUUCUGCAACAAGCCGGGACGAUGAAGGGAAUUUGAAACUUGAGGAGACUCAAAGCGGGAGAGAGAGACUUUUACUGGAGACUGACGAUAAACGCGUUCCUCGAGCUUUUUUUUUUUUUUUUUUUUUUGAGCCAGGGACUGGCCGACGAGAUUUUUCGGCCUCCUUAGGUGUAUUCAGAUUGAAUACUGGUGGAAUAGCAGAUUUUAGUCGUGUGUUGCAAUGUUUCCUUAGCUAGGAGCUGUAAGUGUGUUGCAAUGUUUCCUUAGCUAGGAGGUGUAAUUGUAAUUCGUUGUUGUCUUCAGAUUUUUUGUUUGGUAAUUAUAACCAGGGUUUAUGUUUUUUUAGUUAGUUUCUAUGUAUAAGUUUAGGUUGUUCGAGUUGUUUCUCAUUUUCACAAACACCAGCACUUGCGUGAUGUUUUUCUACAGCAGAAGAUGCAUUUUAAAUAAUCAUUUUGUUUGUUAAGUUGCUAUUUUUCCUUUUUAGGUCUAUGCAUUAUCUCAAGGAGCACGCAUGUUUGAUUUGGUUCUAAUUAGACUGCCAACUGUGAGCUUUAUGGUAAGAUAGUAAGUGACCUCUCAAAGUUAAUAACUAUAAUUUUAUCUGGGUUUACUGAGACAAUGACCUGACAUAGGAAGAUUUAUUGUCGAACAGAAUCAUGGCCUGACCUGACAUAGGGAGACAUGGUGGGGAGGGAAGCAUGCCAGUUUGUCAAAGGCGCAGAUUCGACAGUGCCCUGAAUAAUGGAAGUUAUCACUGACACCCUCAAAAAGAGUAAAUUAAUGAUUGAUUGAUUGUAUGAAUUGAAUUUUAUUUUUCAAUUGUUUUUUAACGAAAGAACAUUCAUUGUUGAAAUUUUACAGAGUAAUUUUAAUUUAAUUUGAUUUGCAUACAAAAAGGAAAUGUUGAACAACACAAGUUGAAUUGACAGUUUAGAGGGACUAUCUCUAGACCACCAAUUAGAGGGACUGUCUCUAGACCACCAAUUAGAGGGACUAUCUCUAGACCACCAAUUAAAGGGACUAUCUCUACACCACCAAUUAGAGGGACUAUCUCUACACCACCAAUU